CGGAGGCAGAGUUACUAGAGAUCUUGCGUUCAUCAGAAACAGUUAGUGAUCACAGACACAGCAGUCUGAGGAGGAGGUGACCUAGCAACCCGAUCAUUUGUACCCCACGCACCAUGGCCGCCCGCCUUGGCCUAAGCGGCUUCCUACUGGCUAGCUUUGGCGUCUGCUUCGCGACUUUUGGACAUGAACACGUUCACAUUCGUAUCCAUAUACCUGAACCUGAACUGCACCACGAGUCGAAAGAAGUAAUAGUUCAUGAGCAUCACGAUGACCACGACGGAGGCGGCGGAGGCUACGGCGGCGGGCACGGAGGCGGCCACGGAGGCGGCCACGGAGGCGGCCACGGAGGCGGCCACGGAGGCGGCCACGGGGGCGGCCACGGGGGUGGACAUGGCGGCGGCCACGGGAUUGACAUCCAUAGUUUGCACGGAGGCUUCAUUGACCAUCUGAAAGGCCACGGCGGUGGAGGCCACGGCGGAGGUCAUGGCGGAGGAUUUGGCGGAGGGCAUGGUGGAGGAUACGGCGGUGGCCACGACGGAGGAUUUGGAGGUGGCCACGACCACGGUGGCGGCCACGAUUUUGGAGGCGGACAUGGCGGCGGAAGUUUUGAUUUAGGAGGUCACGGUGGUGAUCACGGCGGUUUCGGCGGUGGUUUCGGAGGUGGUCACGGCGGUGGAUUUGGAGGCGGCCAUGACCAUGGUGGCGGCCAUGAUCACGGUGGUGGAAGUGACUUCGGUGGAUCUUUCGGCGGAGGCCAUGGUAGUGAUUUGGGUGGCUACGGAGGCGGAGGUCAUGGAGGCAGCGGCGGUCACGAUCAUGGCGGCGGUGGCUUUCACCUUGGCGGCAGUUUCGGUGGCGGCCACGGUGGCGGACAUGGAAGCAGUGGCGGUCAUGAUUUCGGUGGAAGCAUUGGCGGUGGAUUUGGAGGCGGCCACGACGACCAUCACGGUGGUGGAGGCGGUGGCUUUGGAGGCGGCCACGACGACCAUCACGGUGGUGGAGGCGAUGGCUUUGGAGGCGGCCACGACGACCAUCACGGUGGUGGAGGCGGUGGUUUCGGAGGCCACGGCGGAGGAAUAUCUUUAGUAAGCUCAGACAGUUAUAGCGGCAGCAGCCAUGGAUCUGGCGGCCACGGAUCGGGCGGACUGGGAAGUUUCGGAGGCAGCGGAGGAGGCCACGAUAGUUACAGUUCAGGUGGAGGAGGUGGCCAUAACAGUUAUGAUUCGGGUAUUAGUAGCUACGAUACUUAUCACAGCGGUGGACACGGAGGCGGCGGAGACAGUUAUAGCUUAGGCGGAGGCUCAGGAGGCCAUGGCGGUGAUAGUUAUAGUGGUGGUUUUGGAGGCGGCCACGGAGGUGGCCAUGGAGGUGGCCACGGAGGUGGUGGCCAUGGAAGCAGCGGAGGCCACAGUAGUUUUGGUGGUGACAGCUACACAAGCGCUAUAUUCGCCGGGCACGGGGGUGGCCCUUAUCACAAAAAAUAACUUAAUCUGAUAAUUAUAGAAAAUCAACUAAGUCAUAGUCCACGGGUCUUCAUGGGCCUAACAGUACAAGCAUAACUGUCUUUGUAAAUAGCUCGUAGUUAAGUUAUUGUUGCUAUGUUAUAAUAUAGAAAUAUUGAAAUUGUUUA